UAUCUGCUAGUCAGUGUAGUCCCAGCAGUAGGUACGCGAGCGACGUCCGCCGUCGUUACAAGUGGUCUCCAGACGCGCGAUAUCUCAGCCGCUUUUCCGUCGGGACGCCAGGUUAGUCCUCCAGGACUCCACGUCGACUCCAAGGAGUUUUCCCAAGGUUUCGGUGACGCGACGCUAGAGAACGGUGCGGUUGUGUGUGUUGAACGGUUGAUGAGGCGUCUCGACGCUUUUUGAGACGCAACACGAGGGACCUGCAGUUUGACAGUUGUGGAGAUAGAAGGUUCUCUCAGCCGUCAAAACGCGGUCCGACGAGUCCCUCCCCCCCUCAGAGCGCUCGGGCUCGGGAGGUUACCCCACUGCAUCCCCCUGGCCAGCCCUGUCGCUGCCAGCCCCCGAACUGGACCCUGUGGCAGCCGCCUGGGGCAGAAAGCUCUAUUCCGGCUCUGCAGGCGCGGGACCUAGGGUCGCGGCCGGUCCUGGACUCAUGUUCGGUCUACAUCAUCAUCAAGAUCAUGCGACCAGCGGUUUGCAUCAUCACCACCAGCCCAGAGGUCCGAGCCUCAAGGAGGAACCCCUGUCCAGCACCAGGGCAUGGAUGCAACCUUCGGUGCAAGAUCAGACUGGGAUCGGUGUUGGCAGGGCACAUUUCGAGAAGCAACCUCCUUCUAAUCUCAGAAAAUCAAACUUCUUCCACUUCGUCAUAGCCCUCUAUGACAGAUCAGGACAGCCAGUUGAAAUCGAGAGGACAGCCUUCAUCGGUUUCAUCGAAAAAGAUCAGGAAUCUGAUGGACAGAAAACUAACAAUGGAAUUCAGUACAGGCUGCAGCUCUUAUAUUCAAAUGGAGUAAGGCAAGAACAGGACAUAUUCGUCAGGCUCAUAGACUCCGUCACAAAACAGGCAAUCAUCUAUGAAGGACAAGACAAAAACCCAGAGAUGUGUCGAGUAUUGUUGACCCAUGAAAUAAUGUGCAGUCGGUGCUGUGACAAGAAAAGUUGUGGAAAUAGAAACGAAACUCCCUCAGACCCUGUGAUAAUAGACAGAUUUUUUUUGAAGUUCUUCCUCAAGUGCAAUCAAAACUGCCUCAAAAACGCUGGAAACCCAAGAGACAUGCGACGAUUUCAGGUUGUAAUUGCCACUCAGGUAUCAGUAGAUGGACCACUUCUCGCAAUUUCUGACAAUAUGUUCGUGCACAACAAUUCCAAACAUGGACGAAGAGCGAAAAGGAUGGAUCCAACAGAAGGUCAAUUUCCAGGACUCUACCCUCCCCUCCCAGUAGCUACGCCCUGUAUAAAGGCCAUAAGUCCGAGCGAGGGUUGGACAGCCGGAGGUUCAACGGUUAUCAUAGUGGGCGACAACUUCUUCGACGGGCUCCAGGUGGUCUUCGGAACGAUGUUGGUGUGGAGUGAGCUGAUAACGCCACAUGCGAUUAGGGUCCAGACGCCUCCCAGACACAUACCAGGGGUUGUAGAGGUCACGUUGUCGUACAAAUCGAAGCAGUUCUGUAAGGGUGCGCCGGGACGUUUUGUAUACGUAUCUUUAAAUGAACCUACGAUAGAUUAUGGAUUCCAGAGGUUACAGAAGCUCAUACCAAGACAUCCAGGUGAUCCCGAUAAGCUUCCAAAGGAAAUCAUUUUGAAACGAGCUGCUGAUCUAGCGGAAGCCUUAUACUCAAUGCCAAGAAACAACCAGCUAACCCUAGGUGGACCAAGAUCACCUUCUAUGGCCAACAACGGUAUGGCAUCAGCAACGUUCAAUGCCUAUGCAGGACAGUUAGCUGUUAGUGUACAGGAGAGUGGAAACGGUCAGUGGACUGAAGACGAGUACGGACGAGCACAGAGUAGCAGCGUGUCGCCGAGGGGGGGAGGGUAUUGCUCUAGUGCCUCGACCCCACACUCGUCCAACGGUGGCUCUUUCGUGAACGGCGCCUAUGGAGGAUCAACGCCGACCAGCACGCCACUGAACUCCUCCAGCAUGCUUCCUGGCUCGCCCUCCACCGGAAUAUUCAACUCCGUACCCAUUACAACUGAGGCGGGUCACUACCAUUUCGGCCUCCACUACUCCACCAACAACAACAAUAACAAUGAGACCAGCCCAACCACCGUCAAAGCGGAAGCGACGGACAAGGAGAAGAGCGCUUUCGCCCCAGUCAUCAGAGCCGGCUGUGACGUGUCGCCCUCCACUUCUGCCAACAGAACUCCGGCGCCCGCGCUUUUUCACCACCAGCCCAUAACCGGUUGGCACCACUUGGCCGCCGUACAAUGUUAGUAUAUUAUUUUAUUAUCUCUGCGCCCGUUCCGCUUAUA